AUGACGGAUCUGCUGUUCAGCCGUCAAAGCGAGCCGGAUCUGCUGUUCAGCCGUCAAAGCGCGACGGAUCUGCUGUUCUGCCGUCAAAGCGCGGCGGAUCUGCUGUUCAGCCGUCAAAGCGCGACGGAUCUGCUGUUCAGCCGUCAAAGCGCGACGGAUCUGCUGUUCUGCCGUCAAAGCGCGGCGGAUCUGCUGUUCAGCCGUCAAAGCGCGACGGAUCUGCUGUUCUGCCGUCAAAGCGCGGCGGAUCUGCUGUUCAACCGUCAAAGCGCGACGGAUCUGGUGUUCAGCCGUCAAAGCGAGUCGGAUCUGGUGUUCAGCCGUCAAAGCGAGUCGGAUCUGGUGUUCAGCCGUCAAAGCGAGUCGGAUCUGGUGUUCAGCCGUCAAAGCGAGUCGGAUCUGGUGUUCAGCCGUCAAAGCGAGUCGGAUCUGGUGUUCAGCCGUCAAAGCGAGUCGGAUCUGGUGUUCAGCCGUCAAAGCGAGUCGGAUCUGGUGUUCAGCCGUCAAAGCGAGUCGGAUCUGGUGUAA